UGCGUUUCUUGGAUUUGUCAUUUAACUCCAACCUUGGCUUAGAUAGAGCCUCAAUGGCACUGUUUUCAUUAAAUUCGCCGGAUAUGCGCGUUUUGAAUCUGAGUGCUAUUGUUGACACUUUUGCAGUUGGUGUUGUCAUUACAGCUCUACAUAUUUAUAGAAUAAAACAUCUCAAUAUAACUGAACUUUAUUUAGACCACAACAGAUUCGAGUUAAUAGAAACAGAGGCGAUUCCGCAAAUUCCUAAAUACAUUCAAUUAUUUAGCAUGCGAGAUAAUAGACCCACGUAUGGGGCUUAUAUAAUUGGAUUGGAGAAAAUGAUGAAUCUGAUCUGUUUAGACGCAAGUUAUCAAUACACGUCGCAUAAUCCAGUUGGGCAUCCCCUUUCUUCUCGGUAUGUUUCAUCCUAUUCUAAAUCCAGGUACAACUUUCGUAAGUUGUGUUCUUCAGAUUUAACCUGGUCACGACACCAAAGCCCCAAUUUUACCGAAAAAGAACAAAGUCGCCUAAGCAAAUUAAACACCCCCGUAGAUAAAGGUGACCUGCAUGGACGUAAUAAUUUUCCUGCAUUACGCAAACUUUCAUUUGAUGACAUUUUGAAUCCAAAGUUGAAUGUACCAAUUCCUAUUCCUCCCAAUCUAAAGUAUGCUAAUUGUAGCUAUUGUGUUCUUAGUUAUCCAAUCCCUAAAAUGCGGUUUGAAAAUAACAGCGUAAAAGUGAUCGACGUAUCCAUCAACAUCUUAAAUAAAUGGAUAGGACCAGUAACUGGAUUGGACGACUUAGAAUGGCUAAGCCUGUCAAACAACUUCUGUGACUACAUUGGUGAUACAUUUUUUGAUUAUCUUCCCAACCUUCGAGAGCUAUAUAUUGCUUCUAAUUUUCUAGCCGUUGUUUUGGAAGCUGAUGUAAACGGAAAUAUAUUUAGUAAUUUAAAAAAUCUAGAAUUAUUCGAUAUUUCCGACAACAAAAUUAGAAUACUACCACAAAAACUACUCCGUGGACAAGUGAACCUCAAGAGUCUAGAUUUAUCGAAAAAUAUCCUUAAAUUGUGGACUUUGGACAUUGACCACAUGGACGAACUUCAAUACAUUGACCUCUCCUCAAAUCAAUUGACAAGUCUACCCGUCAAAUUUAGAAAUUUUGGUGAACAACAGUACAAUAAGAAUAAACAAUUAAUGGUUGACCUAUCAGAUCAGACAUUACAGUGUACCUGUGAGAAUUUACCGUUUUUAAUAUGGAUGAAAUCCAACAAGACUGUCUUUUUGAGACGUAACGAAUACACAUGUGAAGAUAAUAAGGGAAAAGAACUGAGUUUGUCCAACUUAGAUGGGAUUAUCAUCCAGCUGGAGAAGCAGUGUGCUUCGUUAACAGCUAUGAUUAUAGUUUUAACUGGUAGUUUAUUUGUUAUUGUCAGUGUUCUAAUUGGAAGUUUGGUCUAUCGUUAUCGAUGGAAGUUAAGGUAUCUGUAUUAUCUAACCAGAAAUAGAUAUCGUGGAGCGUUUCCCCUGGUGAAUGAUGCGGAAACCGAGUUUGAAUUUGACGCCUUCGUUUCUUACGCCGACGAAGAUCGUCAUUUGGUCACCCAGGGAAUGAGGGAGAAACUAGAACAGGAACAAGAUCUGAGACUAUGCAUACACCACAGAGAUUUUGUGCCUGGAGAGGAAAUCGCGGCCAAUAUUUUGAGCGCAGUAAGAAAUAGUAAGAAGACCUUGAUUCUCUUAACAAGAAAUUUUCUGAAUAGUUAUUGGUGCAUUUAUGAGUUGAAUAUGGCUAAGGUUGAAAGCAUUAGUACAGGACGAAAUGUCCUGAUUGUUAUUGUCUGUGAAAGUAUUCCGGUCUGUGAUUUACCCGAGGCCCUUGUUCAGCUGAUGAACGACGACAGCUACAUAGAUUAUACAGACGACCCAGAAGGUAACGUUGUAUUUUGGGCCAAUCUAACAAGGGCAAUAAAUACCGAUUGAAAAGAAUGCAUUAGAGGAUUGGAAUAAAGACGAAACCCCCAUUAUAUAUUAGAUUACUAGAAAUGAUAUAUUUAUUUAUACUGUUAUAGCGUAUCUUUGUGGAUAUUUUAAUUAUUAUCUAAUUUUAAUUAAAGUUAAUGUAGCAAUUGACCUAUAUCCGUAUUAAUAUCUCAUCGUUAACUGUUUGAGUUUAUGUAACGAUGUAUUUGAGUUAAUUAUAGAUACCACGCGUAUUUAAACAUUGGUUUUCUUUGUACAAUUUAACAUUUCUUAUCAAAUAUUAUUAUAUAAUUGCUUUAAUCCUAAGCUUAUAUAUAUGUUCUAUAUUCUACUGAAACUUUUGUCUGGGCUUCGACUCGCCCUAUAGCGAUACAUAUCUCGUUAUUGUGACCAUUAGCCAGUUUUGGAUACUUGUUUAGUAAAAAAGUACAGCUUUCGUCGUUAGUGUUGGAAAUAGCUACAACCCCCAGAAAACAGUACUACAGUAAUGCCAUCAAAUUGUAAAUAAUAUUUCUUAGCUACGUUAAACCUUUCUUUUCUGUUAUAAAUGCGUUUGUCGAUUUUUAUUGAAUAGUAUUUUUUUUUUAGUUUUAUUCCAAUGAAUAUAAGUCCAUUUCAUUGAACUUCUGUAUGGAAAGUAUCUAAAUAUGUAUAAUUUUAUCGUUAACAUAAUAAAUCAUUGAUAUUUUACAUACGUGCAG